UGCUGGAGCUUGUUGGAGUCAGUUGGUAGGGAUGUCCCGCAGAGCGUGGGCGAUUGGGCGCUGUCCGUUGGAAACGUUUGGCACGUAGUCCCGGUUUUUUCUGCGAGGAGGUGGGUGUCGUGUCGAGCCUCGUCGCGUCGCAUCGCAUCGGUCGCGUCGCGUCCAGGAUUAGCGUUAUGGCCUGGUACUUUUCUGUACCAAUACGGCGCUCGACGAGAUCACGUCGGCUGCGGCGCAAGACGUAUAUUCUCCCUCCCACCCACCCUUCCCGGCGAAGAGGAGUCCUCUCACCAGUGGCACCUCGCCUCGCCACCGUUUCCAGCAGUGGUGUCGCGGCUCUCGCGGCUCUCGCGGCAAGAAGCCGGCCUCUUCAAGCGAACACCGGCACCGUGUUUCUGGAGUGACUCGAGGAACCGCAGAUAAGGCAGCAGUACCGCCGCGAUAGGAUCUCUUAUCAGUGAUAUCACAAGACUAGUAGCACCCAAGGUUCCGAACCUUUAUCAGUGAGUCUCGCAGGCUUGUAGCUUCAAUCUUUUCCAAGUCCCCAAACCCAGUGGCCGCGGAGUCCGACGCUCAGAGAGUCUUGUACACUCUCGACUUUCGACUAUUAUCACCUUACGCAACCAGGCAGAACGCGCGACCCGCGCGUCGAAACGUACUACCUUACUACAUUGGGACCAGCAAAAGGGUUGCAGCAACCCCGGUCUAACUUUCCCGAAGGGCAGCUUUCCUGAAGGGCAACUUUCCUGAAGGGCAACUUUCCUGAAGGGCAACUUUCCUGAAGGGCAACUUUCCUGAAGGGCAACUUUCCAAUGGGUCCAGCAGCAGCAUCAAAGAGAGCCCCGGUGGCGUCUCUUGUGCUCCUCUCGGCUGUCUUCGGCGUGCUCUGUGUGGCGCAGAUCGCGUCAGCGUAUACCGGGUACGAGCAGAUGACGGGGAAGCUGAAGAAGAAGAACUACUCCGUCGCGCUCGCCGCGUGGGAGAUCUCCGGCCUGAACAACACGCUCAGGCAGUACCUGCCUUCCUCCCAGAUGACGGUGCUCGUGCCGAGCAACAGCGCGUUCGGCAAGCUCAAGGGCAGCCUGCAGUACACCAAGAUCCGCAAGAACCCCAAGCUGCUGCUGCAGAUAGUUUCUUACCACGUGCUGAAGAAGCGGUUCUUCAAUGCUGACUUUCAGACACUCCCAGUCAAGACGCAGUUUUCAACCAUUGACUACAAGUAUACGCUGGCGAAAUCCGGAGACAAGCCUGCAACAUUCAACAAGCCUGGUGCUGGUGGUGGGCUCAAGAUCGUCGACCCAGCUAUCUAUGUAGACAAGCAGGUGGUAGUGCAUGGUGUCGACACCGUCGUCAUUCCGCCCAAGCUUCACUGAUUCUGCCUAACGGUUUCAACGAUGGGCUAGUAGGGCUGGAGGAGUGGGGUGUUUGCGUAGUUAAUAAGCGCCAUUUGUAGAGUUGUCUGCAUAUGAAGAGCUAUUGGAAUGGUAGUCCUUGAUCAUUUUGAUAUUCACUUCCCGACUGCAUGCUC